AUGCCGAACACUGUUGCGGAUCAAUACAGUAGUGUUAUCUACGUUUUUAUGAAAGAUAUUAUUGAGCAGUUCAAUCAGCUGACAGGUGACAGAAAAUACACAAUCUACGGAUGCUUUUUAUUCAUGAAAAUUGCGCUGGCAGUGUUGUUGAUUUGUUGGCAGUGGCAUCCGAAAUUAGCCCGAUCCUCACCGACGAGGAUAUUCGAUGUGGAUAACGUGUUCAUGGAAGAGGAGUUGCCUACAAGUCCUGUGAAGGCAACAGAAACAUUGGAACAGUCACAACGGAAGGGAAGCUAG